CUCCCCUGGUGAGGAGUGGUGGUGUAGUCCACAGGGAACUCAUCAUCACUUUAAAACGCACCAGAGACUUGGCACAAAAGAAACGCUCGCAGGCGAGCACAGGCGCAAAGGGACUGUCUCUUAUUACACUGAAGGGAAACACGUUUUGCACCUUGCGCACUGUCGAAGAAGACUCACUUAAAGUCAUAAAAACGUAGACUUUGAGUUUAAAAACUUACUUUUGGCUGCACCUGAUGCGACGCUGUUUAAAUGCAGCAACAGUGAUGUGGAUGUGGUCAUUACGCACGAACUCGAGGUUUGCCUGUAGAUCUGGACUUUGAAAGGCGUAUUAUUUUUUUGUUUUCUUUCUCUUUUUUUGUAUGAACAGUCACAUGACGCAAACUGUUGCUUGGAGUUCAGAUUUUGUGGUAAGACUGUGUCUGUCAAGUGGAGUGGAGUCGCGUGUCUAUUUACCGAUAACCUGCAAGGAAACAUGAACGUAUCUUUCUUCGACGUGACCCAGGGCGCGCUGUUUAACGGGAGUCAGACCCUCGCUGGGACUCUUGCGACUUACUCCGGGAAUGGCACCGACAACGUGGUGACCGGCGACGGCGGAGGGAACCUGGUGUUGGCGCAAGAUGAGCGCAAACUCUUCGUCAUGCGUGUGGUGCAAAUCGCUGUGCUGUGCGUAUUGUCGCUCACCGUCGUGUUCGGUAUAUUUUUCCUCGGGUGCAACUUGAUGAUCAAAUCGGAGAGCAUGAUUAACUUCUUGGUGAAGGACCGGAGACCCUCCAAAGACGUGGAGACGGUCAUGAUCGGGCUCAGCUAGAACAUAGAGAGUAGUACAUACUGUGGAGAACUGGAGCAAAGAUCCGCUCCGGUAUGAAGAUGUGGACCGCGUUUCCUACCGCAGGUCAAGAUCGACAUCUGCAUGUCAAAGACGCUCUCUCUGUGUCCUAGUGAGGAAAGAUAUGCAAAAACUUCACAUUUCCUUCCGAAAAACUACUACAGGACAGUAGUCCAGCGACCAAUGUUUGUGCGUAAAGUUUGUGCGUAAAACAGGGGAAAUUGUUUACACGUGGGCCGAUCUGUUGAAUCUUUUGAGUAAAUUAAAUGUUGCCAACUUGAACAAAGUGACGAAAAUGUUUACACGCUGUUACCUCAUUUUUUGUUAAGUUAUUUCUUUCUUUUUUGUAAAUUUGAAAUGAUUGUUAGUGAAAAGCAUGAUUGUGAACUCUUAUAGUUCCACCUCUGCCAGUGUACUGUGUGGACGUGGUGGAUAUGUGGGUAUUCUCUAAACAAAGUAUUUUUCUUGGUCUCGUUUGGUACAUACACUCUAAAUACUGAAAUCUUGCACGUUUUUAAAAAAGAAACUCAGUCACAGCUUUAUGGAGUGAUUCUGGUCCUGUUUGGCAUGCUCGCUAAUUGAUCUGUAAAGUGAUUUUUGGACCCGUUUUUGCACUUUUGAAAUCACUGACUGAUGCUGCAUGAAUUAUUUUGUAUCAAAAAAACAAACAAACAAAAAAAACUUGAAAUUGCAGCAUGCAAUUAAAACACUGAA